AACGGUGAAACGCACCUUAUGCCUUGUAGGUAUCAAGCAACAGCAUAUCAAUGUUGCUCCUUCUACGGAAUCUUUUCCUAAUUGGAGAUCUAUACUGUCACCAACACGGCCUUCUGCCGAAUCUAAGACUUCCUCAGUAGUUGACAUUUCUGUGGGACAGACUUUAGAGAAUGCAAACUUGCUUCAGAUGAUAAGAACAACAUUGACUGGCACGCGUACCAGAACUAUGGAUCAAACUAAUCUUUCACCCAGUCUUUAUCAAGGCAGUGGAAAUAGUGCAUCCCAGGAACCUGCUGAAGUUUCAGCUGAAUCACCUCUGAGGUCAUCAUCUCAAGAUGCAGAUGAACUAGCUGCUGUAUCAGUGUUAUCUGGAGUGUCUUCUGGUGCAAUACCUACAGUAGGAACUUCAGAAGCAAAACAAAUAACAAGAAAAUCAUCUCCAACUUCACCAGUGCCAGCUUCUCCCUUCUUUUCUCUAGGCACUGAAAACACAGCUUUGCCAUCUGUGAUGGCUUUAAGCACACCAGUACUGACGCUAACAAAAAAUAACACUACUGCAAAAUUGGCAUCAAUUCUAAGCUCAGUAGGAACACAUACAGAUUUUCCUUUUGCAACAAGAAACACAACUGCAUCACCCGUGGAGAUGACAGCUGUACUUAUAACACCUAAAAGUAGCACGGUCACAACUUCCACACUUGCAUCCACAGUACACGCACAGAGGCAGAUAAAAACAGCAGUAACUGACACCCAGAAAUUCCCAAGCUCAGAAAUCACCAAAACGUCAACCCCGUAUCCGCUGACAAUUACAGCAGCUUUGACAUCUAUUACAGCAUCAGCGAAAACAACUAGGCUUCCCCCUACUCCAGUGGAAAGCACUUCUGCUCUUCCUGAAACAGCAGCAGCACCUUUGGCGGGUGUGACAGCAGCUCCUCCUCUGGAAUGCCACCUCUCCAGGAACCAGAUGCUUAAAACAGUUCUGCUUCUGAACACAAGAAGGCUACUGAUCAGCAAUUCUUUCAAGGAGAGUGUGACAAAAGGACUGAACCAAGUGUUGAGACAAGCUUUCAACCAAAACGUUAGUGCUCAGGUUGAAAUCCUGGAACAAUCAAAUAACGUAACAGUUGGUUACUAUGUUACACAGGAGAGGCUAGUUUUUAUACCAGCUGUGGUAAUUGGAAGGCUUAUUGCUUAUGGUAUUAGCAAUGCCACAGCAGACAUAAAGCAGCAUGUACCAAAUCUUCAGUCUGUUGCUGUCCUGGCUGUGCCAUGGAAUCCCCUACCUGCAUACCACUUCCAGCUGAAAACAGAGCUGCAGUUUGUGGGUCAAACAGACAAUAUACAGUCGUGCAAAUUUGUUCAGACCAUGGAGCAACGAUUACAGAGGGCCUUUCAGGAUGCUGAACGAAAGGUCUUAAAUACUAGCAACAACUUAACAGUUCAGAUUUUGAAUGCCUCCAAUGUCUCCCAAGCUGUCACUCUGUUUUAUGUGGUCAGCAAUCAAAGCACAACGCUGAAUGGCACCAUUUCCAGCAACCUUCUUAAUCAGUUAUCGGCUGAACUGGUAGGAUUCUAUCUAACCUACCCACCUCUCACCAUUGCUGAAUCUCUGGAGUAUCCAAACCUUGAUGUCUCAGAGUCAACUAGAGACUACUGGGUGAUCACAGUUAUACAAGGGGUAGAUAUGACAUUACUGGGACUGAACAAUCAGAGCUUUGCAAGAUUAAUGGAGCAGCGUUUGGCCCCACUAUUUAUGAUGUCCCAUCAACAAGGAAGACGAUUUAAACGUGCCACUACUGUGGGCAGCUACACUGUGCAGAUGGUAAAAAUCCAGCGUAUUCCAGGACCCAAAGAGCCGGCUGAACUGACAUACUAUACUUUAUACAAUGGGAAACCUUUACUGGGUACUGCAGCUGCCAAGAUUUUGAGUACCAUUGACUCACAGCGGAUGGCCUUGACAUUAGGUUACGUUAUUCAAGUUCAAGCUGAUCCUGUUGUGAAAAAUCCACCAAACAACCUGUGGAUCAUUGCUGCAGUGCUGGCUCCCAUUGCUGUGGUUACGGUUAUCAUUAUCAUCAUUACAGCAGUUCUGUGCAGAAAAAACAAGAAUGACUUCAAACCAGAUACCAUGAUGAAUCUGCCUCAGAGAGCUAAACCGGUGCAAGGCUUUGACUAUGCCAAACAACAUUUAGGUCAGCAGGGAGCUGAAGAUGAGGUUUUACCUGUAACUCAAGAGACUGUGAUACUUCCACUUCCAGUUAGAGAUGCUCCUGCCUCCCAGGAGAGAGAAAUCACUCAGGAUGGGAGCACCAUUAAAACUGCCAAAUCCAAUGAAACAAGGAAAAGCAGGUCGCCUAGCCAGAACGGCUCCGUCAUCACCACUGAAUCGGGAAAGCCUAGCUCAGGCCGAAGCUCCCCGCAGAAAGUAAUGGCACAGCAAAAAGUGACAAAAGAUGAAGGAAGAAAAAGAAAUGUGCCCAUAAGUGAUGAAGAGGAAGGAGGCAUUCUCUUUGAUAACAUUGCCAAAUCUGCCAUUGAUCCCUUCGACACCUCUUCUGGAUCUGUACAGCUGAUAGCUAUCAAACCUGUGGCACUACCUGCUGUUCAUGGUGCAUCAGACAGAAGCCAGGAAUCUGCCAUCAUUAAUGGAGAGGUGAACAAAGCUUUAAAGCAGAAGUCUGAUAUAGAACAUUACCGCAACAAGCUGCGCUUGAAAGCCAAGAGGAAGGGUUACUAUGAUUUCCCUCAGGCUGAUAACAACAAGGGGCUGACAGAGAGAAAAAGGAUAUAUGAAAAAAGUCAAAAAGAAAUUGACCACAUUUUGGAUCCAGAUACAGAUAUAUCAUCUCCAUUUGCUGAGCCUAAAAACAGGCAACAGAUGAAGAAUUCUGUAUACAGAAGCAGGCAGUCUUUGAACAGCCCUAGCCCAGGAGAAACUGAGAUGGAUCUUCUAGUUACCCGAGAAAGACCUAGACGUGGAAUCCGUAACAGUGGCUAUGAUACUGAGCCUGAAAUUAUAGAAGAAACAAAUGUUGACCGUGUCAAUGAGCCUCGGGGUUAUGCCAGGUCCCGGCAGGCUAAAGGCCACUCAGAGACUUCUACCUUAAGUUCUCAGCCUUCAAUAGAUGAAGUUCGACAACAAAUGCAUAUGCUCUUGGAAGAAGCUUUCAGUCUGGCCUCUGCUGGCCACGGAGGACAGAACAGACAAGAUGCUUACAGUUCAGCACCACACUUACCGUACUCUGAGGUUGUGACUAGUGCUCCUGGUACCAUGACCCGACCUAGAGGUGGUGUACAGUGGGUACCAACAUACAGGCCGGAAAUGUAUCAAUACAGUUUACCAAGACCAGCUUACAGAUUUUCUCAGCUUCCUGAGAUGGUAAUGGGUUCUCCUCCACCCCCUGUCCCUCCCAGAACAGGUCCUGUGGCUGUUGCCUCUCUCAGGAGGUCUACAUCGGAUAUUGGCAGCAAAGUGAGAAUACCUGAGUCUAGUGGGGUGGAUCAGGCCCAGCAUCAUGAUCAGGCAUCUUUUGCCCCUGGUUCAAGAGCUCCAGUGUCUGUUGGUCCACUUGAUCAGUCAGCUUUUCACUCAGGAAAUACAGUACCAGCAGUGUUUGCCAUCCCAGCAGCAAACCGACCUGGCUUCACAGGCUAUUUUAUCCCGACACCACCCACAGCAUACAGGAACCAAGCCUGGAUGCCCUAUGCCGGAGAGAAUGAAUUACCAGGGCAGUGGGCAGACUCGGUUCCACUUCCUGGAUACAUAGAGGCUUAUCCAAGGCCCCGCUACCAACAUAAUUCACCUUCACGCCUGCCUCGCCAGUACAGCCAGUCAGCAAGCAUGCACCCUAGCCUGGAACAAGCUCCUUUGCCGUCUACUGCAGCUUCCCAGCAGAGCUUAACGGAAAAUGAUCCUUCUGAUGCUCCUCUCACCAACAUUUCUACAGCCGCUCUAGUAAAGGCAAUAAGAGAGGAAGUUGCUAAACUGGCCAAAAAGCAAACAGAUAUGUUUGAGUUUCAGGUCUAAUGUCUUUUGUGACAGUGUUUGUAUCAUGUAACUUGUAGUAGCCAAGAAAAUGAGUCUCAUAAUUUUCAGUUACAAACUUGCUGUGACUUGUGCCAAAGUGAUGGCAUUUUUCUCCUUCUGAAAAGUCAAUACUAUGAAAUGGAUUAAAGUAGAGCAAUGGGACUCUGAAGAUGUGUGCUCUGCUUGCCAGCUAAGGAAAUGAUGCCAGGUAACUGUUUAAUACUGAUAAAAUUGAUCAUAUGCAAUUGUUUGUCACUAAGCUCUUGUGCUUUGACCUGUCAUCAUUUGAGAUGCUACUGAAUGUGUCUGUGCCACAAUGUUUUAUUUGCAGGUCCAAAAGUAGAACUGCUGAAAAUAGCUUCUGCAUGUGAAAACUUUUUGUUUCUUUGAUUAAAGAAGAAAAUAUAGAGUAGUACCAGGUAAGCUAAAGGCCACAGUAGGUGUGGUAAUGAUCAUAUUAAUUUAUUUGCUGCAGGACAUUGUAUAAGGAAUGCUGAUUUCAGCAAUGCAGAUUCGUUCAGCCUUUGCAUUCUGGAGACCAUAUUCAAAUGAAAAGAAUUUGAGAUGAGUAAGUAAUAUAAAUAAAUGUCCUGUAAAUAUCCCCAAUUCUCCUCAUCCUAUUAACAGUACAAAGAAGUGAAAGAAGAGAAGAUUGGGAAGAAGGUUAAUGAUAUUUUGAUAAUUGACGGCUACCUUGUCCAUAAAUGCCACUGAUGAGUUAUGGAGGAGUAUUUUCAGCUUGAGAGAACACAAUGCACAAAGAAGUAACAAAGGAAACUGGUGCUAAAAGCUUCCAGGAGAAAAGAAAAAUGGUUAUUUGUGUUUGCCCUACAUUCAGGCUUUUCAUUCUGAGUGCAUGCAAAGCUGGUAAACUUGAGACCUUUGAGCAAGUCUUUCCAGCCUGGAAUGAUGAAUACACCUGCUCAUACAAGAAAACCUCUCUUUAACACAGUGCUUUUUUCUCUUUCUUAAACAAUGAUAUCUAGUAAAGCGAUGCCAGAAAGUGCUACCUGAGACUGCAAGUUGAUUUUGAUUACACGGGAACAUCGAAUACACACCUCUAGAUUCCUCAGUCUCUGCAGAAAGUUCUGAAUGUAGAGGACAUCAUUGCUAUAUUAACAUGUAAAUACGUGAAUAGUUACAUGGAUUAACAAAACUACUCAUGUUCUGUGAGAAAGAGAAUAUUUCCUGAAACUAUGUUGACUUUACACUUACCAAGGUAAAGGUCACUAACUGUUAAACUGCACUGUGGUAUGAAUCCAAUCCAAAAAGAAAAUCUAAGCAGUUGAAUGGGAUAGUAAUUUAUCUUUUGCAGUUAUACAAAAUAGUCGGAGAUCAUGAAAACUUGUUUUCAGUUCCUUCAGCAGUUAGCUUUGGGAGCUGAAGUUGUUAUAAAAUACUUUGUGUUGGGCAUGUUUGAUGUCAACUGGAGUUAAAGGUAAUGUCCUUCAUCUUAGUAAGUUUUUUAUUUAGCAUCAAUUGCUUAUGCUGUUUUGGCUGAUCAUUUCAUUUUCAUGAGUUUGUUUGGUCUUUACUGAGGUGACAAAGGGAACUUGGUUUAGCUUUUUGAUCAUCAGAAAAAUGAGAGGAGAAGGAGAGAAAAGACUAGAAUAGAGGAGAGAAGAAGAAACUGAUGAAGCACAAACUUUUAAAACAGAGCUAUUCCCCCCCCCCCAAAUUACAUUAUAAACCUUGUUUGACGUUGCGAUGAAUAGCAUCCUAGAAUAUACAGAUAUCUUCUGCUCCAAAACCUUAAAUGUUACAAAAGCUUUUGGAAUUCUAAUUGCUCUUUAAACAAAUGUGAAAUUUCAUUUUUAUUAUUUAAAAAUCAGAUAUAAAUAAAAUGUAUUUUUGUAAUCUCUAUGUAUAUAUACUGUAUAUUUAUAUAAGUGACUAGUCUGCUAUCUUCAGACAUAAAGAUUUCCAUAAACCAAGUGCAAAAAAAAAAGAAAAAAAAUGCUAGUAAUUUUACGAAUCAAUAUUAACAUGUCUAGAGUACACAAAUAUACAUUUGGGUGACUUGGAUAAUAAACAACCAAAGAAACUCUAUCUUUCAUAUGAAUAUAAGUCUACGAAAGACGGACUGCGGUUUCAGUUACCUGUCAUCUAACUAAUACUGAUCUAUCAGUGUAACACGAUAAUACAUCCAAAUGUCUUUUUGUGUUGAAUUAAUAACUGCCUAAAAAUAUCACAGUUAAAAAGAAUGUCUUAAAAAUACAGAUCCAAACUCAGCUUGCCCUAAAUAGAAUAAUUCUGUUUGGCUUCAGUGGGAACUUAACUCCCUGAAAGCAAGGCUGAGUUUCUCUAUUAGGUUUUGUCUAUACAUGCAAAUUUAACUAGAAUCAUUUGAAUAUUAGUGUGCUUAUUUUUCAGUCAGUAUAUUUAAAUUACUGUAACACAAGUGCAGACAUAAUUGAAGAGCGGCUUAUUUUUAUUUAGCCUAAUCUGCUUCGUAACCAACUUGAGCUAACUUGGUAAGUGAAAUUUAUGUUCAUUUGUGUCAGUCACAUUUUGCAUCUGCUUUAUUAUCUCAGGUUUUGAAUCAUUCAUCUAGUUAAUCCAGUGAAAUUUUGCAUGUAGAUAAGCCCUUCUAUGCAAUGGGAAUGAAAUGCCCUGUGAUAUAAAUUUCUGAAUCUUAGCCUCCAGUUUUGGAGAAUUAUCCUAAAGCUGCAGCUAUGGAAGCAGCAGAGAUGGAUGGAAGCGCUGAAGCAAUAUAGCUGGGAAGGGUAAUGUUAUGAUGCAUUCCCUAAAGAGUGACGGGAGGUAUGACCUCCCAGAGGUAAAUAGCAUCUUUGGGAAACUUAGCUUUGCUUGUAAAUCUGUACCCCUUCUUAAAUUUAAGUGAAUUAGUAGUUCUGUUGAGACACGUGUGUGGGUAAAGCCAAGCGUAUAUCUUGCCAUACUGGAAAUCAAACAAUUUGGAAGUUAGAUAUAUGUACAGAGGUUGAAUACCUACAUGCAAGCAAAAUGAACAAAGGAAAAAACAACAAAAUAAAAACAUUUAAAUAGCCUUUUGGAAAGACAAAGCAUUUCAGUAAAGUUAAACAAAGUACUCUGCAUACAACUGAGGAAGACCUGUUAGGCUUUCAAAAUUAAUUUUGUUUGAUAUUGUAUUGAAUAUUUGCAGUCUAUGGAAUAGUCCUUGACACAUCACUCUGAAACCAUUGUGGUGCACUUUGUUCACAAAGAUAUUUUACAUUCUUCAUUCAUAAUGGCUUUUUAUCUUGUUUGUAAUAUGUUUCUGUAACUUCUUUUGAAGUACAAAGCAAGUUUAUAUCAAGACAGUAAGGACAUUCUUGGGAAAGAGAAAUCAUGCUGUAAUAUUUAUACUGUCUGAGCACAAAGCAAUGAUAAAGUGAUAAUAUAGUGUACAAAUAAUUUGUAAUAUAAUAAAAUUUUGUAUGGCUACAAUUGCAAUAUAGUUUUUCAAUACUGAUUUCAAAUAAGAAAAUAUACCUGGUUAAGGUUAUGACCUCAGCAGAAUAUAUUUAUGACAUUUUUACUGAUAAUGACUUAGUCAUAAAGGGAUUUCUAAUAAAUUCCCCCAUUUCGCUUUCAAAUAUUGUUAAAUAUUAAUGUGAAAAUACUGUUUUCUGUGUACAAAAAAUGUUGAUGUUCUGAUCAACGUUUGUCCUCAGAUUUGUAAAUCAUUAGUAGAAACAUCUGCAAAUUAAACUCACAUGGAAUUACUUCUCCAUAUAUGGGUAAUGACCACUCGCAGUAGGUGCACUAUGUAUGAUGUUUUAUUGACAUUAGUAGAACAGUAACUUGGUUAAGAGGGCGCUCUCUGACAGCCAUUUUUUGAGAAAAAUGUAUUAUCUGAAUAUAUGAGAAGCCUAACACUCAAUUUAGAAAUAUGAAUAAUAUUUGUAUCUAAUAAUAUUAUGGAUAGAACUCGAUAGAAGUACAUGUAAAUCCUAUACAGAAAUGGAGAAACUAUCCUAAGUAAUGAUUAUUUCUUUUUCAGACUAACUUUGAAAAGGUGAGACACGGAGGAAAGAAAAUGUGAGGUACAAACACAAAGUGCAUAGAAAAAGUAGCAUUGGAUUAAGUAGCAGAACUCAGAUGAGGCCUCUGUCUUGUUUCAGGGAAGAUACAUACAAUAUUAACUUAUUCUACAGCUUUAUGUUAGAUCUUAAGAUGUCUGACUAUAAAGAAUGAAUUACAUUUUAAUGUGUUUUUUAGUCCUGCAAUGUAAGUGUGUAAGAUCUAAAUGCCUGCUUCUAAAACUCCUAAGGGAACUUGAAAGCAGUAAUAAUAUUUUGAACUAGCACAAAAAUUCAUUUCAUUUAGCUGACCUUGUACAUCCUGGACAUAUUUGAGUAGUUUUGAGUACUGUGUCCAGAGAUACUGCAAAUCACUUACAGUCUUGACCUUGCAUUCCUUGUACAUAGACAAUUCUCAAUGGCUUCACAUAUCUCACUGACGUGAAAUUGGCUAGGCAGAGAUCAAGCGUGGGAUAGUAUGAAGAAUAAUAACAAGUCAGGAGUGCCUUAACAGUCUGGAAGCAGUAGGGUUUUUUUGUGUGGUAACUCAUACCUGCUAGAAAAUUGUUGUGUUAAAGCAAAUUUCCUUGGAAAGGUACAUUCUUCUCAUUGCUGGUGACCACUGUGUGCAAAUUAACACUCAGCCCUAUCACAAGAACAUAUAUCAGGUAAUGCUUCCGCUCCUUUUUAUAAGCCAAGUGUAGUCUCUGUGUAGAUCCACUUGAGAGAGUGGCAAAACUAACCCGUUUCCAGUGCCUCUGAGGGGUUUCCAGUUCGUCAGCGUGUGCCUGGUAAGAUGCAUACAAUAUCUCUUUUAAGAAAGAGAUAAUCUCUUUUAAUAAAACACCAAGUUAUAUGUCAUCUUUUAUAUAUAUUUUAGUAAACCAUUAGGGGGGGAAAGGAAAAAAAAAAAAAAGGCAUCGUACAGAAUGUUAGUACAUUAACUCCAUUAGCUUUUUUGUAAAAAGCUAUGAAAAAUGCAAGGCAAGGGAAAGUUUGCUCUACUGAGCUCAGAACUGCUCACUUGUCAGAGCAUGUGUAGAGGAACAGUCUUCUUUUAUGUCUGAUGGGUCAAAACUCUCCUCUCUCCACUUACCUGUCCUUCGUAAAAGGGUACAAAUAUACAACUUUUUUGAGUAAAUAAUAAACAAUUUUGAAAAUGAGUAUAUGGGGUAAAUAGCUUUUACCUAGUUCUCUGCGGUUGCUUCAGAUGCAUUACUGGCCUAUUGAGCAGUUUUUUCAAAGCGAUGUGUAUUCAAAAAGAAAUGAAUCAGCUCAAGCUUGUUUUCUACAAUGUUAUUUAUACAUAGCACUUUGUAGGUUUUAUAACAGUGCUAUACGUAAUGGAGGUAUCUAAUGGUAACUUACACUUUCUAUGCCAAAUUUCCUUUUCAGGGCAUUAAUUCUUUGGCCAUAACUCCAGGACUUGGUGAGAUUUUUUUUCCUUAUCAAAAUACUUUAAGGUUGUAUUUUUCCAUUUUAAAGUCUAGGCAUGCAAAAUGAGGAUGAGAUUGCUCAUUUAGAAGGCUUUUUUGAAUACCUGCCUUUCUCCUAUAAACAAAUAAUGCAAAACAAGUGAACAAGUGAACUUGUAGAUUUGAGAUUUUAUAGGUUGGAGUGCCCACUUGCUAUGUAAAAAGAAAGUUAGUCAUGUCAUGGUCAAGUGAUAGAAGCAAACCUAGCUGAUAACUGCAGCAUUUUUAUUGAGAAGUUUAUUGCAUUGCACACUGAUUUUCAUUUUACCAAAAGUAUCAGUCCUAUCCUGGGUCACUAGUCAAAAAUGUUCUGCAGUGCCCAAAGUGUGAAAAGCAAUCAGAAAACUCUACGUCUGGGGAUUCCUGUUGGCUGGGAAAAUUUUUUGCUAAGGCAAUAUACAAGAUGUAGGCGAUGGACAGGGCUUUCAACGGGGCUCUGAAAGUGGUUAAGACUGCACCAUGCAACACAUUUGCCCCUUGGAUGGCCCUUAACACGAACAGAUACAAGAACUACAGCCAUCCAAAGUGGUGUGGCAGAAAUAUGGUUUAGACCCAGAUUUUUAAAACUGUUGAGAUGGCCAAAAAAUCAAGUAAUAGUUCAUGUUUUCAAAAUCACUUUGAUUCCAUAUGCCUAUUGAGAAUCCUUUUAAAAAAUACAUGUAUGUGAAUAUAUAUUUUAUACAGAAAUAUUUUUUGAAAACUGGUUCUUAGAUCCAUCUUUGUCCAUAUCCAUUUAAGGUUCCCUUAAAAUGCACAGAGACACUAGUGAAGAGUUAGUUCCCAGGGUUAUACCAUUGUAAAGCUCGUUGAAGAUGAGAAGUGGGUGUUAAAUAGUUAGGUGGUCACGUGCAUAACAGAUGUCUUGAAAAUAAUUACAAGUAUCAUGAAGAGAUGUUUCAGUAAUUUGACUUGACUUUUGCAUUUGGCCAAAAUAAUUCUUGUUUUAAGAAGUGCCUGAAUUUUCCUGAAUUUCCAUGCUCAAUAGUAGUCAUUCUCAAAGAGCACCUAUUAAAUUCUGUAAAUAAUUUUGUGACUAGAUAAAUACACAUUUACAUAGUAGACAUUAAUGAGUCCAAAGGAUUGUAAACUUUACAAAAAAUUGACUCCACUGAGUACAGUAUUUAGAAAGGAAAGGAAUUUUUCUUCCAAAACCUGUCCCACUUCACUGCAUUUCAGUGCGUUUCUAUGCUGUGUAAGCUACAGUCUAAACACCAAAACACACAGUGGCAUCAUUUAAGAUCUCAUAUCUGGUGCGGAGCACUGACUUUUGCAGACUCAAGUGGGAUCAUGUAAAGACUGCCUGUGUACAUGAUUAAUUAAAAAAUUAUUAGAAAUUUAAAAAAUAAAUUAAAAACUCCUAUUAAAGUAAAACAAAAAGUGGUAGAUCCUUGCUCUGACUUUUUACAGGGAAUCAGUGGCUUUUAGGUCCUGCAUUACCAGCAAGUUUACAUGUUAAAAGCAAUACAUAUUUUGUCUUGUGAAGCAGCAGAAUGCAGCAGCCUUAUGCCAGGGUUUUGCCAGGAUCUAAAAAGCCAAGUGACUGUUGUAGAAGAAUAAGUGGUAAACCUUCUAUUUAGCAGUGCGUGGACACCAAGUAAUUAUGGAUUUACCACUGUGGCAGGACUAAGAGUUUGAAGUUAAUUGUUUGGAAUCAAUUAUAUGUAUUUUGUUAGUUUCUGAUUUCCUUAUUUGUUAAAACAGAACAAAAAUAACAACAUUAACAGCUUGUUCUGUUUCCCAGUUAUAAGCAUGGGAGAUUUAACUGUAAGUAAACUUGAGGUUUAUUCUUUAUCCUUGCCUUUAUCUACAUUCAACAUUGCAAGCGGGAGAAAAAAAAA